AGGGAAAUGGCGGGAACCCCGCCCCUCCCCUUUGCAGUCCUCAACCAGGUCGGACCGAACCCCAUAAAAGCCGCGGCGCUGACAGAAUUGCUUCACACCGGCGGUGUGGGCAGCAGGAGCAGGAGGGCUAUCAUCAUGUCUGGUCGGGGUAAAGGCGGCAAGGGGCUCGGCAAGGGCGGCGCCAAGCGGCACCGCAAGGUGCUGCGCGACAACAUCCAGGGCAUCACCAAGCCGGCCAUCCGCCGCCUGGCUCGGCGCGGCGGCGUCAAGCGCAUCUCGGGGCUCAUCUACGAGGAGACGCGCGGCGUGCUGAAGGUGUUCCUGGAGAACGUCAUCCGCGACGCCGUCACCUACACGGAGCACGCCAAGAGGAAGACGGUCACGGCCAUGGACGUGGUCUACGCCCUCAAGCGCCAGGGUCGCACCCUCUACGGCUUCGGUGGCUAAAGCCUCACUUUCCUACAGCGCCACCGCCCCAAGAUCCUAAAGGCUCUUUUAAGAGCCGCACACUUAAUCUGAAAAAGAGCUGUGUUGCUUUAAAAGUGGUGUAUUCACUUUAAAACUUAAAAUUAGUAACUAUUUCUUGAUAUAAUGAGAGAUGCUUAUUUUACAUGUUUGUCAAAAGAGUAAUCUCUCCGCCAAUAGAAGACUGCCUUAGUUAUGUCUUAUGUGUAGGACAGUGUACUUGCUAUUUAAGAAAAGUAAAUGAACAGUACAAACGCGUAGCCGCCUGAUCCGUGCUGACGGCUGAAAGAUACAGGAGUGUCUCCCUGCAGGCAUCUCAUUGGGGGCGGGGGGGGCGAUUUUCCCCCUCAUUGCGUAAACAGAAGUGUACACC